GUCGAAUCCGUCUCCCCCAAUCUAACACGUCCACGGCCCACCGCACGUCACAACUUGACUUCAGUUGCAAGUCGGUUGCUGGGCCCCCAUGAGGAACGACGCCACGAUUAACCGCCCGCCUGCACAGUCGUGAUCCCUCUGUCCAUCUCAGGUUUACGUCCCCUCCGCCACAACAACACCGCAACGCAUUCCUUCCAUCUAGCACGCCUAGAUCCGACCCAUGUAUCCCACGGCAGCAACCACGUAAAUAAUCCUCUCUUCCUUCCACAACGUACAAGCACUUUUUGGCCUCGGACUCCAGUUCCCGUACCGCAAUGGUAACGAAUCCGUCGCCGCAUGCCGCGACGGCUAUUAACCAGCUCCGGAAUCUGGUUCACUACAACCUGGAUAACGACCUACUUCCAAAUGCUCUUUUUCUCGCAGGCAGACUAUACGCUCUAGACCCCCGAUCUCCUGAGACACAGUAUCUGCUCGCUCAGUGCCAUCUCAAGCUCGGGCAGUUUCGCGCCGCGUACGAUUAUUCGAAAGAUGUGCGGCUACGCAGCAGCAACAACGCAACAUCGGCAUCAGCCUCUGCCGUUCUUGGCUGCGCAUACGUGUUCGCGCAGGCGUGUCUAGCUUUGCGACGCUAUAACGAAGGCAUCACUGCGCUAGAGAGGUGUAGGAAUGUGUGGCAGGGUCGUAAUCACUGGGGAAAGCACACGGAAGGAGAGCGAAAACUUGGGCCAGAUGCUCCUGCUGUGUGUAACUUGAUGGCAAAGCUGCUCAGGGCAAAUGGCGAAGAGAAGAAAGCCGCAGAAUAUUUUGCCGAAAGUCUCAAGGGGAACCCAUUCAUGUGGGACGCAUUUAUUGAUCUAUGCGAUGCUGGUGUUCCGAUACGGACGGCCAACGUCUUCAAGCUGACUGACGACCUGAGACGGGGAUUCUUUCCGACAGGUGCAGAGCUACCAUCUGAGCAAUCUGUACAGCAGCAGCAACCCCAGGCCCUUUCCUCGAGAUCCACAAACAAUGAUCCCAAUACCCCAAUUGGUGGUUACGAUCCUUUCAACCCACCUCGCUCAGCCGUAGAUCCAGGCCUCAAUCAUGGCGGUACAAAUCUAAUGUCCCGUCUGAACGGUAGUAAUAUGUCAGGGAUUUCGCUCUCUCAAGUAUCAGAGUGGAACACGCCAAUAGCUACGAAUGGAAGUGGCAUGCGCUUCGACGAAGAUAUAAGCAUGGAUGAGACUCAUCAUGCAGAUAGCGAGGCACCCCCGGCUCCGCCCCGAAAGAAGACUGGACUGCAAGGAUUGGCAGAUCUGAUCGACCCGCCAAAAAUAAGGGCUAUGACUACGAGAGGGAGACUAAAGCCGGAUCAGGACGGUGGAGAUGGAGCGAGCAGAUCUGCGACAGCAUCCAGCAUUCCCACAGUAACUCACAAGCGGACUAUUUCAGGACAGCCGCCGCCGCCACCAGUCCAUACGGCCAGUAGCGUUAGUAGCGAUGCCUCCAGUCAAGGUAUACGAAGGAGUACGCGCAUCCAGAAUUCAGUGAGUGCCAGCACCGCUGCAAGUACCGCGAGGACGACCGGGAGCAGCACAAGUAUUGGAAGCAGAUUUGCAGGGGUCCUAAGUAAAUCUGAUGCAAAGGACAAAAAUGCAACUUUGCCGAAGGCACGAGCCACAGGAACCAGAGGCAGGGCAGGGACGAGUACAGUGGGGAGAGUCGUCAGCGGCAAUAGGAAAAUGCUCGCACCUAGCGAGAGAGAUUUGGUUGAGGGAAAGGAAAGCUCGAGACCGGCCUCCGCGGCAAGCACGGUGCGCGAGACAAGAACUGGUAAUACUGGACAUCAGAAUAUAGUGAUCGAGCAGAAUGUUGCUCAACAGCAGGAAGAAGACGCACUGAAAUGGCUUCUGGAUCUCUUUUCGAAGCUGGGUGAAGGAUAUUACAACUUGAGUCGGUUCAACUCGCAAAAAGCGCUCGAUGUGUUUCGGACGCUUCCGAGCGCGCAGCGUGAGACACCUUGGGUACUUGCAAAGAUGGGACGAGCGCUUUACGAGCGAGCACAAUAUAAAGAAGCUGCAGAUGUCUUUGCACGCGUACGGAAGCUGCCCGUUGGCGGAAGUGUGGCGAGCAUGAGAGACAGUUUUGGCAACGCUUCUGCCAGUGAAAGUGCAUGGAUUGAAGAUAUGCACAUUUAUUCUACAGUGCUGUGGCACCUCAAGCGCGAGAUCGAGCUCGCAUAUCUGGCGCACGAACUUGUGCAGCUGGAUCGUCUAGCUCCAGAGAGUUGGGUUGCUCUGGGCAAUUCCUUCUCUCUGCAGCGCGAUCAUGAGAAGGCCAUCAAAUGCUUCAGGCGGGCCACACAGCUCUCCUCGACAUCUGGUGGCGAGGGAGAGGGACCGAGGGGUGGAGGCGCAUACGCGUGGACGCUUAUGGGCCAUGAACACGUUGCACAAGAAGAGUUUGACAAGGCGACGACCUGCUACCGCGAAGCCAUAGCUUCGAACGCUCGCCAUUACGCUGGCUGGUACGGUCUGGGCUCUGUUUACGAGAAACUUGGCAAGUAUGACAUCGCUGAACGGCACUACCGUAUUGCUUGGAAUGUAAACCCACGCAAUGGUGUACUUGCGGUAUGCCUAGGACAUGUGUGCGAGAAGCUUGGUCGUGAAGGAAAUAGCACUUCAGGUGCAUCUGCAGGCUGGGUCCUUGAUCCUCGUGGUGAAGGACGUGUUAAAGAAGCACUUGCAUGGUAUGAUAGGGCCGUGAAAAUGGAUCCAAGGUCUGCAAAAGCCCGAUUCAUGAAGGCAAGGGCGUUGAUGCGAUUGGCGCAAAUGCCGUCGACUGGAGCGGGACGCGCAGAAAGACUGGCGCAAGCGAGGGGCGAAUUGGACAUUUUGAGGGAGAUGGCCCCAGAAGAAAGCAUGGUGCAUUUCCUACUUGGACGAUGUUUGAAAUUGAUGGGUGAUCGGGCCGGUGCGAUCAGAGAAAUGACGAUUGCGUUGGAGUUAGACCCCAAGGCAAGCCCGGCCAUUAAAGAAGCUCUCGAGAGUUUGGAAGUGGAUGAUGAUGGUAGUUACGACGAGGACGAGGACGAUUGACGGAUUUGAACUCAAACAUCCUACCGAUGUUCUCCACCGCUCUCCCUUGUCGACUGGACGUUACCUGGAACCUAAAUAGCACGCCUUCGCACGUCUCAGAUAGUCUGCGGUCUCGGUCUGCAUGAAAUACCCUGUUUGAUGCAUCUUACGCAUACCUCCCCACAACGAAGCAUUGACGGACGAAGAAACCCUAUUUUUUAGCCCUAUUCAGCAUUUUUAAUUUUAGCACCUAAGGAGGAAGCUGAAAGCGAUGGGAAAGCGGUUGCAUAAACUUUGGCGUUCACUUCCUUGGUUAAUCUUGCGCACGAUCGCAUGAAACGGCGGAUAGCAUUUGUCGGAGUGUUUGGGCACCAUCGGUUUGACGAAGUAUCAAGCGGAUGGCUGUAGGAUAAUCAUGAAUGUAAUGCAUCUGAUUUGGCCCUUAUCAAGUCCAGAAUAAACUUGCAUGCUUUGUCGAGAUAUGAAGCUUCUGUCACGGGAUGCUCUC